AGUUAUUUUUUUGUGAUAAGAAAAUUUUCAUGUAGGGUAAUUUAUUCGGCAUAACGAAAAUUUCACGAUGGACAGAGCCGUUUUUUUGUGCCUAGCCUUAGCUUUGGGAUUAGUGACAGGUCAACAGCAUGAAGGUUCCCAACAGACCGAGGGUUUGUAUGAUCUGAAUAUCAUACAUUUCAACGAUUUUCAUGCACAUUUUGAGGAGACCAGUCCAUUCGGCACAGUAUGUGUCCCAGAGGAAGCCGCUUGCAUUGGGGGCUAUGCAAGGCUAUACACAGCCAUCCACCAGGUCAUGGAAUUGGAGCCCGACUCGCUGUUGCUGAACGGUGGCGACACAUUUCAAGGCACAAUUUGGUACAAUUUCCUGAGGUGGAACGUCAGCUAUCAUUUUAUGAACAGGUUGCCGCAUACCGCUCAUGUGCUAGGAAACCAUGAGUUUGAUCAUGGCAUAGAAGGAUUGCUACCUUACCUGGAACGCUUGAAUGCACCUAUGUUGGGCGCCAACGUUAACACAACUUACGAGCCUCAGCUGGCGCAAUACGUUAAAAAUCAUGUAGUUGUCACGAGACGCGGCCGGAAGAUUGGUAUCAUUGGUGUUUUGCUUAGAACCUUCUCAGCUCCAAUCGGUCAAGUCAUAAUGGAAGAUGAGGUGCAGGCCAUCAACCGUGAGGCGACGAUAUUGAACGAGCAAGGUGUCGACAUCAUCAUAGUAUUAUCACAUGUUGGAUUUCCAAGCGAUCUGAAUAUGGCGGCAGUGAUAUCUCCUCACGUAGAUAUAAUAGUGGGUGCCCACACUCACACGUUGUUAUAUACUGGCACGCCCCCUAGUGGUGAUACGCCCUUCAGCGAGUAUCCCACAGUUGUCAAUAGACCUGAUGGUCAUCGGAUUCCAGUGGUGCAGGCCUCGUGUUAUACUCGAUACUUAGGAAAUAUCAAACUUUAUUUUGAUGACGAAGGUGUGCUCCAAGCAUGGGACGGACAACCGAUCUAUUUGGGAUCAUCGAUCGUGCAAGAUCCUCAGAUAGUGAUGGAGCUGGAGCCGUGGAAGGCGCAGGUGGACGAGGUGGGGCGCGAGGUGCUCGGCCACAGCCAGGUCACGCUCAACCGCUCGUGGUGCUCCAGCCGCGAGUGUAACAUGGGCAGCUGGGCCUGCGACGGAUUCCUUAACCAUUUAAUGCAGAAUGCUACAGCGCCGGCAUGGAAUAACGCGCAUGUUUGUCUGAUCAACGCCGGUGGUCUCCGCGUACAAAUCAACCCUGGAGAUGUGACGACCCAGUCUUUGUUAAUGGCGAUGCCGUUCGAGAACUACGUGCAAGUGUACGACUUGAAAGGCGAAUACUUGCUUCAAGCGCUCGAGUUUUCUGUGGGCACUAAUCAGAAUACACCUGGAGUCUUCCAAAGCGGCCGUAUGCUUCAGAUCGGUGGCAUGCGCGUGGUGUACAACGCGUCUAUGCCGAUCGGUUCCCGCGUAGUGUCGGCACUAGUGCGGUGCAUAGAGUGCGAUGUGCCACGGUACCUGCCGCUCGACACCACCGCCACCUACCGCGUAGUCUCGCAGAACUACAUAGGCGACGGCGGCGGCGGAUACACGAUGCUGUCAGAGAACCGUGAGAAUCUUAACACUCUGCCGGUGGACUACGUUAUUCUGCAGGAUUAUAUGCGCGCGCAACAAACGGUGAUGAAGGACAUCGACGGAAGAAUACAGAUAGUUUGGUGAAAGACGAAUAUUAGAUAAACGUGAUUAAAUUGAAAUUUGUACUUU